UGAUAUUACUGAUUUUUUAGCUAAGUGGGUUGGCAACACUGAAUAUAACCUAUUCAAUAUUAAAUUCUUAGAACAUUAAUAAUAUCUAUAUUCUAAGAUUCAAUUAGUUAAAUUUCAUUUCAGUAAUUUUUUUUAAGAUUGGAUCAGAUGAAUUCUAGGGUCUUCAAAAAUUUGGGCUCCUUCAAUACCCUUGAAGUAUUCGAAAAAGGAACUGGUGCUUUGCUUCCAGAAGCUUAUAAAAAGUUUUUCAACGAGUGGAUAAUUCAAAAGCCUGUUGCUGUUCACUAUAUUCCAGAAGUAGAGAAAUGGAAACGAAAUGAAUUAACUGGAAAAGUAAAGCCUGUUCAAGACACACCGAUUCCAAUGGUAUAUGCAGUCGAAAGUAAUAAUCAAUUGUGGGGUGGAGAAGGAAUUAUUCAAGGAUUUAUAAAACGAAGUAAAUAUAACAGAAGGGUACCACACUUUUGGGUACCUACAUUACGUCGAACAGUUAUUUACAGUGAAAUUCUUGAUAAAUAUAUGUCAGUUGUGGUCACUGAUAGAACAAUUAAUUUAAUCAAUUCAAAUUACGGAUUUGAUCACUACCUAUUGAAGACACCAGCAUGCGACUUGAAAUCUCUUUUAGCAUUGAGAUUAAAGAGAAGAAUAUUGAAAGACCUUUAUGAUGAAUGCCCAGCUUUUGAAAAAGGUUCUGAGAAGCAUAAGCGAGUUAUGUUAGAAUAUAAAAAAUAUUUGGAAUCUUAUACUAGAGAAGAAGUAGAAUGGUAUGGUUACACAUUUCCAGAAGCUUGUAAGAAAAUGGAAGCUUUAUUAGCAGAACAAAAGAAACUUAUUCCAUUAAAACAUAUCUAUAGGGCUAAUCUUAUAGAAAAACUUAAAAUGGAAGAAAAUAAAAAAGAAACAGAUAGAGAGGAUAUUCAAUUGAGUGCGACUACAUCUUGGUUACAUAAAAUGAAUCCAUUUGGAAGUAAGCAGGAGACAUAAAGUGUAAUUCUUUAGUAGAGGAAAUCUAAAUAUUUGUUUGACUAUGGAAAAGAAUAAAUACUUCACAUAG